AUGGGUACAGAUUGUUGUGGGUGGGAUGGGGUCACCUGUGAUACGAUGACAGGUCAUGUCAUUGCUGUCGACCUCAGUUGCAGUCGCCUUGAAGGUCACAUCCAUCCCAAUUCUACCAUUUUCUCUCUUCGCCAUCUCCAGCGGCUCAACCUCGCUUUCAACGAGUUCUAUCCCUCCGCAAUUUCAUCUAAGUUUGGUGGCUUUGCGAACAUGACGCAUCUCAACCUCACUGACUCCUCCUUUGCUGGUAAUGUCCCUUCCGAAAUCUCCCACUUAUCUAAACUGGUUUCACUUGAUCUCUCUUUGAAUUAUAACAUGAGAAUAGAAAAGCCUAGUUUGAAAAGGCUUGUUCAAAACCUAACCCAUCUAACUGAACUUGUUUUGGAUGAGGUUAACAUGUCUUCUGUUCCAGCUAAUUCUUUCAUGAAUUUGUCUUCCUCUUUGACAUCUCUUAGUCUUUCUGAUUGUGGAUUGAAAGGGAGAUUCCCAGAUUAUAUAUUCCUCCUCCCAAACCUCCAGCUGCUUGAUGUAGGUUACAACUACAAUCUCACCGGUUCCCUUCCAACGUAUAACUGGAGUACUCCUCUCAAGUCCUUGGGUCUCUCUAGAACUGGAUUCCCAAUCGACAUACCUAAUUCUAUCAGCAAUCUAAAGUCCUUAAAAGAAUUGUACCUCAGUAAUUGCAAUUUCAUAGGUUCAUCGCAUCCAACAUUUCUUUCAAACCUCACACAAAUAACUUCUUUGGGCCUCUCAUAUAAUAACUUUGGUGGUCAGUGUCCAUGGUCCCUCCUAAACAAUGCAGGACUUACUUAUUUAGGUCUCUCAGGCAACAAUUUCAUAGGCCAACUUCCAAAUCUUUCAACAAACUGGUCAAAAGUUUCUUCUUCAAACAGUUCUUCCAAUAGUCAGUCAGUUAGUCAAAUUCCUUCCAAAUUGGUAUAUCUGCUUUUAUUUGAUAACUUAUUGAAUGGCACUAUACCAUCUUGGGUGUAUGACAUACCAUCUUUGCAGUACUUAUUUCUAGACAAUAACCAAUUCACUGGGCAUAUUGGUGAAUUCCUGCAUAACUCAUUGGUUGAUCUUCAGUUGAAUAAUAACAAACUACAUGGUCCCCUUCCAUUGUCAAUCUCUAAAUUGGUGAGCCUUCGUCAACUAAGUGUUUCCUUCAAUAAUUUAAGUGGCAAUGUGGAGUCAAAAAUAUUCUCAAAACUCAAAAGUCUUGAAGAUCUUGAUAUGUCAAAUAACCCUCAUCUAUCACUAAGCUCCUUCACCCUCGCCACCAAUAUCUUGCCCAACAUUUUCUCAUUACAUUUGUCUUCUUCCAACAUAACUGAAAUUCCACACUUUUUACGAACUGCAGAAUAUAUACAAUCCUUAGAGCUUUCCAAAAACCAAAUCAAAGGCAAUAUUCCGAAGUGGUUUUUGGAGGUGGGGAAGGAUUCAUUGCACAAUUUGAAUCUUUCAUACAACUUCUUGACAAGUGUAGGACACCUUCCGUGGAAGAACUUGAGAUAUCUUGAUUUUCGUUCUAACUUGCUUCAAGGACCACUUCCAAUACCUCCACUAGGCAUAUCUUUCUUUUCAGUUGCAAGGAAUAAAAUAACUGGACAAAUCUCUUCCUUGAUUUGCAAUCUCAGUUCUAUUGUGUACCUUGAUUUGUCUUAUAAUCACUUGAGUAACAUGAUUCCUCCAUGUUUUGGAAACUUUAGUGACAAUCUCAUGGAUCUGAAUUUACAAAAUAACAAUCUUAAUGGCACCCUCCCAAUGAAAUUUGCAAAGGGAUGUCGCUUGAGAAGUCUUAAACUCAAUGGCAACCAAUUUGAAGGGUCAUUGCCACAAUCAUUGGUCCGUUGUAGAAAUUUGGAAGUUCUAGAUUUUGGUAACAACAAGAUUAAUAGCACCUUCCCUGUUGGUUGGAAACUCUUCCAAAGUUGCAGGUUCUUAUCUUGCGAUCAAACAACUUUCAUGGUGCCUUAG